CCAAGCAAGAGAAGUCACCUACCCUCUCUCUCCUCUGUCUCUCUCUAAAGAGAAGAGCUUUACUUUAGGGUUCACUUCAGAUCUGUCUUUCUCACCAUCUCUCCGCUACUCUCAAUUGCUCCGUCGCAGUAGUGAUGAGUAGGAGAUACAGCCCGCCUUAUUACAGUCCUCCGAGGAGAGGAUACGGCGGUCGUGGCAGGAGCCCUCCUCCUCCACCUCGACGUGGAUACGGUGGUGGUGGACGUAAGGGAUCUAGCCAUGGAAGUCUCUUGGUUCGCAACAUUCCUCUCGAUUGCAGACCAGAAGAGCUUCGUGUUCCCUUUGAGAGGUUUGGACCUGUGAGGGAUGUCUAUAUCCCUAGAGACUAUUACUCAGGGGAACCUCGGGGGUUUGCUUUUGUGGAGUUUGUUGAUGCAUAUGAUGCUGGGGAAGCCCAAAGAAGCAUGAACAGGAGAAUAUUUGGUGGGAGAGAGAUCACCGUGGUUGUUGCUUCAGAGUCUAGGAAAAGGCCCGAGGAGAUGCGUGUCAAGACUAGGACUCGUAGCAGGGAACCUUCAGGCUCUAGAGGUCGUUCUCAUGGACGGUCUCGUUCACGUUCAAUCUCUAGAUCACGCUCCCCUCGUCGUCCAUCGGACUCUAGAAACAGACGCCGAUCAAGGUCUUAUUCUCCUGCACCGAGAAGAAGAGGAGCAGACUAUUCAGCAUCUCCAAGGAGAAGACAAGAGGAACGUCCACGAUCACCACUAAGAAGUCCUCCUCGAGGAGAAGGAGAUGCAAAAUACAGUCGCAGGUCCUAUUCCCCUGGCCAUGAAGGUGCUGCUGCUGCUGCUGGAGACCGUGACGCAAAUGGAGACAAUGACACUAGAGAAAAACCGGACUAUGAACCAGAGGAAAGGCGUCGUGGUGGAAGAGAGGUUUCAAGGUCUCCAUCAGGAUCCAGGUCCAGAUCUGUGGAAGCGUCUCCAAGAUGAAACUUGUGUUAAAGAAAAACUCUCUUUGUCAGACCAAAACUUUGUGCAACUCUCUCUGUGGUGUUUCUUUGUUUCUCUAAUAGAGAACUCUGUGUUUCAAAAACUUAUUUACUCUGGCUUGUUAAAAAGAUUCAUCUCGUCAUGUUAUGAUACUUAAAUGAUUCUCAGUUUGGGUUGUUAAAAUAUUGUUAUGAAGUCUAUAUUACUAUGAA